CAUUGCCUUCUGCUUUGAUUAUGCUUCUAUAUCUAUCAUAUCCCUCUCAUGUUCGUAAAUUGUUGGACUCUCUCUCUCUCUCUCUCCGUGAAAGAUAAUUCCAUUGUAGUUGCUUCUUUCUUCUGGUUUGUAGGAGAACCAAUGGAAAAACAGGAAGAAAAAAAUAUUAAUGCUGAAACUUUAGGAUAGAAAUGGUACAAACUAAUUGAGGCUUGUUUAGAAUAGUUACUUCAUAAGACUCCUUCCUAUAUAUAUUAUCGUUAUUUGAUGGCCAUCGAUACCACAGUUGACUUUACUACUUGGAAAACGAUAUAUUCCUAACAUCUCUUGUCCUUAUAAUCAGCAUAUUAUCAAGCAAUGACAGCCCAUAGAAUCUCAUGGGCGGUUAAAGUCUAUAGCCAGAAGUGGGCUGUGUGUGCGCUUUUGUGUGAAGAGGUCACUGCUAAUUUUUGCAUUCAUAUUACAUUUCUGUUCAGAUUUCAUCUACUUGGGGAGAUGGAAGCCCUACUGGGUUUUACAGUGAAUGAGCCCAUGACCUGGCUGAUAUAUAAUUUGUGAAAAAUAGCCAAAUAAGUGAUGGAUGAACCAAAUAUCCAAGGAUGCAUUUAUGAGAAUAAUCUAGCUUGAAGUGUCUUGCUUGGGCAAAUUUCUGCUGACCUGAACCAUAUCCUGCUGCCUGGUUUACUGAGGCAGUUGUGACAUUGGCCGGCUGGAGUAUCAUGAAAUUUGGUUAGCGUACAAAAAGUUAAAAGUUUUCUGCUGUGCUGUGAUUAGUGUUCUUUUGAAGGAUUCACAAGUCUCAUCCUGAUUCAAAAGCUUGUGAAAUCGCAAACUGUGCCAAGCCCCUUAGGUGAAGCAUACAGGCUUAGCUAGCAAGUGCAAGAAAUUGACAAUUAUGAGGACAAAACUUCACCAGCAAUGAGGUAGCUGACCUGCUAUCUCCUUUCUAUCAGUGCUUGUAGAAAAGCAAAUAUAUUUUGAGGCCAGUCAGCUGCUGUUUGAAUGCCAAGGAAUUUAGUGCUAGAAGUUGAAAUGAAUCAGGGUAAAAAUAUCGCCAAAGGAACUUAUGGGGCAACAUCAAGUUGCAACAAAUCUACAACUUCAGUUAUUCAGGAUAAAGUCAUCUGUGACAGAAACCUGAAGAAUAGUUCUGUUUGGAUACAUUCUACUGAAAAAAUAGAGACACAGCACAUUUCUGUACAUAGUGAUGUUAGCUCUGAGACAGGAUUGUCCCUUAACACCAGAAACGGCGGGUUGGGUACCAUGAAAGCUAAAGGGAAUUGGCUAUAUUCUGAUGAAUAUGAACAAUAUUUCAUCUUGCAUGCCGCUCUUCACCAGAUACAACAUAAAACUGAGAUCUCCCAUUCCAACUCAGCUCAUGUCAUUCUUCCAGUUUCUUUGAAUGGCAGCAUUCAGAAAGUAUCAGCACAGGCAAAGUCAAGUAGGCACCGGUAUAGGGGCACUGCCAAUUCUCAUAUGUAUAAAAAUGUCGAGCAUAGUGCAGAAGGGCCAGCAGAUGGAAAUUUAGUGUCAGUUAUGGCUGCUAAAAUCACUCAAACAUCUGACAAUGUUGGGGUCUGGAAUAGUGAGAUUGCUUCGGAGAUGAUGUCAAACCAGAAUCCUGUGAUAAUUGAAAUGUUUGAUAAUCCGAAAUUAAGCGUGACGGAUCGUAAAUGUGCAGAGAUUUUUGGACUGAGCAAAGAGGAAUUCUCCUACGAGCUGGAUGAUGCACUGAACUCGGCAACGAAGCUUGCAGGAGUAAUGGAUCAAAAGGUUGGAAGCUGCAGGGAAGCCUCAGGAAGGUCUUGUUCCACAGAUGAGAGAGUUGGUGAACUGGUCCAAUCCAAUGUGCCAAACAAAAUGAAUUGCUUGACGGAAGUGAGAGGAAAUGUGAAGUCAUGUAAUGAGCAAGACAACUGCGAUAGUUUUGGCUCCAAUGAGGUGGUUUUGGAUCCUGAAAGACCAAGGGCAGAUACAUGUUUUCUGCCAUUGAAAAGGCUGAAAAUGAAGGCAGAUUCCCUUGUGACUCAUCAAUCUAAUGAUUACCCUCAUGGAAAGGAAUUACCUCUGUUGACCACAAAUACUGAGGUGACCAGUGCUAGUAAUCAGAAUCCUCUACAUUGCAGAUUUGAUUUGAAUGAAUGUAUCCCAGCCAAUAAAGUGGAAUACCCAAAAAUAUCAGUUGAAUCUGGACCAUCCUUUGAUGCAAUCAAUAUGUCGAUGCCCAUACCAGUUGUGGCUACAUGCGGGGUUCCUACAUGCUUACCCGUGACUCCACUGAAGUUUGAAGGUGAACAAGGUUGGACGGGCUCUGCUUCAACUAGUGCUUUCCGGUCUGCUUUCUUUUCUAAGAGUUCGAAUAGAAACAGUAUGUCUUCUGUCGACAACAGCAAUUGUAGCUCAAAAGCUUCCCAGGGUUUUACAGAAUUUGACCUCAAUAUCGCCGCUGCAGGAGAUGAUUCUGCUGUUGAAGUUUUGCUAGGCUCUUGUGUUGGAAAAACUUCUGGUUUCUCUGUAGAAGAGUCUUCUAUAGAAGUCAGUUCAAAACAAGUAAAAAUGCUCAAUAUUGACCUCAAUCGCCUUAGUGAUAAUGAUGAUAACCUUUCUCAGUCUUCACCAUUAUCACUGUCAAGGCACCCUGUUGUUGAUUUUGACUUAAAUGAUGAAUCAUCUGUUGGAGAUGCCUGUAAUAGUGCUCAACGAUCAGCUGAAGCUGGCCAACCUUUAAGAAGCAAGGCAACAGAUGAUCCUCCAGAUGCUUUCUCCCAAGAUUCUGAUCAACAGGCCUCUCAUUCUGCAGAACCUGAUUUGAAUCCCAUGCAGGGCUUUAACCAUGGUCAUACCCAAUCCUUUGUGGUGGCUUCACCAAAUUUGCUUCCACAGAUUGAACAAAUGCGGAGGAUGGCUUCUUUACAGCCCAAGUUAGCAUGUGCACUGCAGGCACCACCACCUCAUGCUUAUUCUUGUAAUAAUGGAUUCUGCAUUGGCCCUACUGAUCUUUUAUCUGCCACCAUAAACUCUUCUGCUAUCCUUCAGCACAUGACAGAUUCAUGUGGAAGGGCUAUCAUGCCUCAAAUAUCUCAUCCCAAUUUACUUUACACUUCGCUUCGAGCCCCACAUCUCAGGGAGGUAGCUGCUAGACCAAGGCGCUGUGGCAUUGGGCCCGUCACUGGGUCAAAUAUAAAUGGUGGGGUAUGUUUUCCAAAGACUGGAAACAGGGGAAGAAAUGCAGGAAAGUUUAUGUUUCCAGUGAAAAAAUCAAUUAGAAAAGAGCAAAUGAAUUCUGGUCAACAAGUUUCUUCAACACCCAUGAAGCGAAGGGAUCCAGAUGGAGGAUGGGACUCUUUCCAGCCCAGCUACAGAAAUGUUACUUCUCGCCACUAAGUUGUUCUGUUUGUACACUGGUCAACGUGUUUCUAUAAGAUUAUGCUCAUGGUUUCUUAUGGUAGUCCAACCAUGAAAUUAUUAAAAUACUUGAAUGGAGUCGAGCAGCACAAGCUCCCUCAUAGAGAAGUGUAUUGUGUUGGCACUACCUUUACUCUCUCUCUCUCUCUCUCUCUGCUUGCCAGCGCUCAACUUUGUAUUUUUAUUUAUCUUUGAAAUGGCACUACUUUUCUUUUUGUUCUU